AUGGUGGUCACUGCGUUCUUUUGGCCAAACCCAAAGGGGAUUGGCUCUGUAAUGACCCACACUGCUGUCCGAAGAACUCUCUAUCCAAAUUCUCCCUGGGGCAUUGACGUAUACUUAACGGAACACAAUCCAGAAGUGGAGUCUUGUCUACCUGUGCCCACGCAGGAGAUACUCGCUAAUUGCAGACCCCUCAACAUGCGGACACCCUACUGUAGUCCAAUCUUAUCUAAUGAGAACUUGGCCUUUGAGUUGACCAAGCAGCUUUGGAGUUCUCGGCCUGGUCCAGAGAGCAACAUCAGAAUUACGCGUGUAACGGUAGGAGAAACUAGGGAGGGUUUUUGGACGUGUACUAUCCAUGGGAAGCAAGGAGACGUCUUGGUCAGAUACAGACUACCUGACUCUGUGGUGGGUGUGCUAAUGAAUAAAAUUGAGACAAUCGAGAAAACUUAUGGAAUACUGCAAGAUUUGUUUUUCCAGGCAAAUGAAAGUUCAGGGGACAAUAAAGUAUAUCAGCCAGUUCCAGGUGGCAUGAAGGACAUGGACUUUGAGGGCACAUACAAACUCUUCUUGACGUUAUUGAAUGAGUUACCUUUGGGAGCAGUUGAGAAGGCCCUAGGACAAAAUGCUGAUAGUGCCUCUCAUGAAGAGGCUGGUGAGGACAGCGGCGAGGAUGAUGAAGGGAGUGACAACAGUCAUGUGGAAGGUGUAGGAAGUGAUGAUGGCAUGGAUAUUGAUGAGAACGGAACCGAUGAUGACAAUCGAGACGUGGCGGAGGACACAAGAGACCUGGGAAGACAUAUCAUCUUUCGGGGAUGGUAUGAAGGCUCCGACUUCCGCUCUGAAGGUAGAAUCAGUUUAUCAGAUGGUUUGGUUAGGACGAGAAUUAAUUACCCACCUGAUGAGAUAGAAAUACGUACUCUGAGUAGAAUGUAG